AUGGACCUCCUCCAAAAACACGGCCACCUCAAACAUGACCGUCGCAAGUCCAGCGCUCGGAAAGAGGAGGCUGAGCUGCGGCAUCAGCAGACGCAGCAGCGUAUGAGACGAUCGACUGGGGAGAGUUUAGAGAAGAGGGAGCUACAUGCGUAG